UCAAGUAAUGUGGUGAUAAAUAAAAUAAAAUAAUGGCAGAGCAGGAGAAAAUGCCUCCUGGCAAAGCCAUUGGCGACUGUUGUAAGUUUCAUUGGCGUGGCAAAGUCAGUAUUUUGAUACCCCUAAUAACAUUACCAUUAUUUACUCAUGGCCUAAAAGAGAAAAUGCCUGAAUUUCUAUGCUUGUAUUUGGUUGCCAAUAUGGCCUUAUACUGGAUCACCGAGGCCAUACCGCUCUAUUUGACGUCACUGUUGCCUAUAGUCUUCUUGCCCUUGUUUGGUAUUUUGGGGUCGAAUCAUGUUUGCCAAUUGUAUUUCUCGGAUACGCUGGUCAUGUUCCUGGGCGGUCUCAUCAUAGCACUGUCCAUAGAGUACUGCAAUUUGCAUCAGCGCAUAGCUCUGGGCACUAUACUCAUAGUUGGUUGCAGUCCCAGACGCUUGCACUUUGGCCUGACGGUGGUCACUUGCUUUAUAUCACUUUGGAUAUCCAAUUCGGCAGCCACGGCCAUGAUGUGUCCCAUUGUGAAGGCAGUGCUCACCGAAAUGGAAGCCCAAAAAAUAUUCAAGGUUUUUAAGACACAAGAGGAGGAACCAGUCGAGGAGGGCGAAAAACCACAUCCUUCAACAAUAUCAAUGUCUUUCUACUUUGGCGUCGCCUAUGCUGCCACAGUUGGUGGCUGUGGAACGCUCAUUGGCACCGGCACCAAUCUGGUAUUCAAGGGCCUCUACGAAACUCGCUUUCCCGAUUCAAAGGAGGUUGUGGAUUUCCCCAUCUACAUGGGCUACGCUAUUCCUAUAGUUGUUAUAGUUAAUGUAGCGCUAGUAUGGUUCUUUAUGCAAAUAACUCACAUGGGUUUGUUCCGGCCGAAGAGCAAAAUUGGUCAAGAGGUUAAGGCUGGCAGCGAGAAUAAGGAUGUGGUCAAAGCUGUGGUCCAGGAACGAUACAAAAAUUUGGGCAGAAUGACUUGCCAUGAGAUUCAAGUGACGAUAUUAUUCAUACUCAUGAUUGUACUGCUCUUCACUCGCAAGCCAGGCUUUGUCAAAGGCUGGGGCGAUUUCCUCAAUGCCAAAGCCAUUGGCAGCUCAGGCGGCGUUAUGUGCCCAGUGGUGUUGCUAUUUAUGCUACCCACACAAUAUACAUUCUUCAAAUAUUGCUGCGGUCAACCACCGUUCCCUGGUCGCACCAUGGACGCGCUCUUGUCCUGGGUAUUUGUGCACAGGAAUACGCCAUUUGGUCUUUGUUUUCUGCUUGGUGGCGGCUUCGCACUUGCCGAAGGCAGCGUGGUGAGCGGAAUGGCCAAGAUGCUGGGUGAUGGCAUGAAGUUUGCCGAAACCUGGCCCCCCUAUCUCGUAGUGGGACUAACAAUUGUCAUGGGUAUAUUUUGCACUGCCUUCAGCUCCAAUGUGGCCAUUUGCAAUAUACUCAUUCCUGUGUUUUGCGAAAUGGCGCUGGUUGUUAAGAUUCAUCCACUGCUUUUGACUAUGCCCAGCAUGCUGGCCAUAAGCUUGGCCUAUCAUCUGCCGGUGAGCACACCGGCGAACGCCAUCAUUUGUGGUUAUGCUGGCAUCAAGACCAAAUAUCUUGCUAUAGCUGGCAUAAUUCCAACAAUAAUCGCAAUAGCAGUGCUGUGGGUCAAUGCGAUAUCCUGGGGAUUCCUUAUCUUUCCAGGCACAAAAGAAUAUCCAGAAUGGGCUAAAGAUUCUGAAACAACCGCAGCACCUUAAGCGUUACUCGUCUUAUCCCAUCUCAGCACAUUCAUGAAAUAAAUCAAACUGUUUAGUUACUUGUGGCCCCCCAAAA